AUGCCGGCUGAAGAGGGCGAGUGGCAAGUGGUCUCUCGUCGGGGCAGACCCAGAGAAGGUAAGGGGGCCCCCGGGGGGCCCCCAAGUGGCAGCAAACUGUACCCUGGGGGGCCCCCCGGACCCGAAUUUGCUGCUGCUUUCGCCCGCUAUGAGGGCCCAGGGGCCCCCGUGACCGCCCUGGGGGCCCCCUGCUGCGCUGCUGCGGGGGCCCCCGAGGCAGCAGCAGCAGCAGAAGCAGCAGCACUUGCUGCUGCUGUGCGCAGCUUAAAGCCUCAGCUAGAGGCCUCAGACUUUUGGCAAGAGACCAAGACCAAACUCAAACAGGCUGUGCUGCUCGAGCUGCACACCAUGUACCCUCAGGAGGCCCCUUGGCGGGCCCCUCAGGGGCCCCCCCACGGGGGGCCCCCCCAGGGGGCCCCCCUAGAGGACCCCCCUGGGGUGCCCCAGGGGGCCCCCGAGGAAGGUGUCCCUGAGGGCCCCCCCAGGGGCCCCCCAGAAGGCCCCAGGCCUGGGGCCCCCCCUGAAGGCCCCCCUGAGGGCCCCCCUGGGGGCCCCCCCGGGGGCCCCCCCCGGGGCCCCCCUGGGGGCCCCUACGGGGGCCCCCAAGCCCCCUGGGGGCCCCCCUGGGCGUUCGACUUUAAGUGGAGUGGCGUGGAGUAUGGAUUGGUUUGUCUGGGGCUGGGGAGCCCCAGCAGCAGCAGCGACGUGCGCAGCAGCAGGCUGCAGCUGGCGCUGGCUUUGCUGCUGCAGCAGCUGCUGCAGGUGCCUGGGGCCCGGACUUUUGUGGAGGACCCUGUGAUGACAGCAGCAGACAAGCUGGCGGUGCAGCAGCUGUUUGCUGCUGCAGCAGACGCGCCGCACCCACAGCCAGCAGCAGAGCACCAGCAGCAGCAGCAGCAGCAGCAGCAGCAGCAGCAGCGGGGGCUCCUGGUGGUCUAUUUGCUGCCGCACUGCGACGCAGACCUCUAUGGGGAUCUUCUCAACACGGAGCUGCGGCUAAGUCCUUUUUGCUGCCGCUGUUUUGCUGCAGCACGAAGGCCCCAAAAGCCACUCGGCAGCAGCAGCAACAGCUGCAGCAGCAGCAGCAGCUGCAGCAGCAGCAGCACAGACCUGUGCUGCGCAGCUUCACACUGUUCCCCUUCUAACAAUAGUAGGCUUGAACCUGGGGACUCCCCCAAGUCUGGGGGCCCCCCUGAGUCUGGGGGCCCCCCUAAUUGUGGGGGCCCCCCUGGGUCUGGGGGCCCCCCUGUUGGGUCUGGGGGCCCCCCUGUUGGGUCUGGGGGCCCCCCUGUUGGGUCUGGGGGCCCCCGUGGUUUUGUGCUGCUGGGGAACAGUUUGUCUCUUUAUGAAAUGCGGCGAAGUCUUUUUGGGGAUUUUCGAUUUGUUAGAAAGAACAAGGAAGCAGCAGCAGGGGAAGCAGCAGCAAACGCGCAAGCUGCAGCAGCAGCAGCAGCAGCAGAAGCGGGAGGCGGCUUAGAAGCAGCAGCCUGUGGGGCAGGGACACUGUCAGCAGCAGUGGGCGAAGGGGCCCUCAGCAGCAGCCGCUGCUGCUGCGCAGCAGGUUCUGCUGCUGCUGCUGCUGCUGCUGCUGCUGCUGCUGCUGCUGCAGGGGCGUGUGCAUGUGAGUGGGUGGAGCCUUCGCGGGGGGCCCUGCUGCUGCUGCUGCUGCUGCCGUUUGUGUGGGAGCAGCAGCUAGAGGCCCCUUUUGCUGCUCAUCCUGCAGCAUUUAAUGACUUGGCCAUUUGCCGGCUGAGGGCCCCCCAGACAGAGGCGGAGCGGCGGGCCCUGUGGCGGCAGCAGCUGCUGCAGCAGCAGCAGCAGCACAGCAGCAGCAGCAGCAGGGGCGCAGCAGCAGCGCAGCAGCAGCCGCGCAGCAGCAGCAGACACAGGAAGGGCAAAGGGUGGCGGAAACGCUCCCAGUAG